AAAGAAGAUGGAAGGGGACAGAGUGAAAUAAAUGAAAAACCCUUUAUUCAUUCUCUGAACGCGAAGCGUUGAAGAAGUUUGUCUUUGCACUUCGCAUAAGAAGGUAUAUUGACGCAAUCGGAGGUGAGAGUGAGACAUUGGAAACUCUACUAUUGAUGUUCCCUUCUGCUUCAUUCCUCUUAUCUGUGUUCUUCAAUCACAGCCCCAUCAAAGUCUUCAUUUUGUGAUUUGUGAGGAAGAUCGAGUGAAGAAACAGAGGCAAAAAUGAAGAUGGUAACGGCUUUUAAUGGCAAUAUGAAGAAAGCUGCUGCUGGACUUAGACGCAUUAAUCUUGAUGGUCUCCGAUGGCGUGUUUUCGAUGCCAAUGGCCAGGUCCUUGGGAGGUUAGCAUCUCAAAUUGCUACUGUAGUUCAAGGAAAGGAUAAGCCAACUUAUACACCUAAUCGUGAUGAUGGAGAUAUGUGCAUUGUGCUUAAUGCAAAGGAUGUUUGUGUGACUGGGAGAAAACUUACAGACAAGGUCUACUACUGGCAUACAGGGUAUGUAGGCCACCUCAAGGAAAGGACUCUAAAGGAUCAGAUGGCCAAAGACCCUACAGAAGUCAUUCGCAAAGCUGUUCUGCGCAUGCUGCCUAGAAACAAACUACGUGAUGAUAGGGAUCGAAAAUUAAGGAUCUUUCCUGGAAGUGAGCACCCUUUUGGUGAUCGGCCACUUGAACCUUAUGGGAUGCCUCCUAGAAGUGUACGAGAAAUGCGGCCUCGAGCAAGGCGUGCCAUGAUUAGAGCACAGAAGAAGGCUGAGCUGCAACAACAGAGUGCAGAUGGAACGAAGAAGGGCAAAAAUGGAGAACCACAAGAAGAGAGUGCCUGAAAGCGUUAUCUUGCUCAAGGAAGAUGAUGCUGACCAAUGGGUUGUCAUUGGAAUGGAAAGCCAUCUAUAUAUUUGUUUGCUAGAAAAUCCUACCAUGCCGACAUGAAUUGUGUUUGAUUUUCAUUUUUACAAGUCUUUUAGCAAGAGCAUAGUUAAAGCAUGAUCGAUUCACAUAAUAGAGGUUGCCUGGAUCUUUUUCAGCGAUAAUUCUUUUAAGUUUAAAGGUUUAGUCUAAACUACCAUUUCAGUUUUCCAAGAUUUUAGUCCUUUUGCCGGUUGCCAGAAUUUGUAAUCGAAGUAGCUACUUCCAUCACUCUCACGCAGUGCCACUGUGCAAAUGCGAAAUUCCUGUUUGUGUUUCUCUCCCAUUACUAAUAGUUGAUAAUUUUCCUUG